UGUAAAUGCCGAGCGGAGUCCGUGUCGGUGAUGCCGAUGAAAAUCCAGGUCAGGAACCGCGCUCGCCGAUUGGCGGUGAAGAUGUGGUGUUUUCAAGGAAUCUGAACGAAGACCUCUGAGCUUCCAAGGGAGAUCAGAUUGCUACUCAACGUACACUAGUGUGGUUGUGCUGUGUUGAUUAUGGCGAGCAUGUGAAAUCGUGGUACCAACAGCGGAUUCCGCAUGUCCAAGCCCUCGGCCGGCAUGAUCAUAUGCAGGCAGGCAAGCAGGCAGGCAAGGCGGGCAGCCAGGCAGCCGGGCGUGGAUAAGUCAGCACAACAAUCCGCUCCUCCAACUUUGGACCGGGCUCUCCUUCCCCACGAGUACAGUUCCCACAGCCUAGCCUCACGAUCCGAGCACGUCCGCUACGACAGAUCGGGCCAAACUCGCCAUUCCGCCAUUCUGGUGGAAGAUGGAAGAAGAGAGGGCUGGCACUCCAACUUCCGCCGGGAAUCUUUUGCAGUUGAGGGUUCAUGAUGAGACUCAGAAUUGAAGGAUCUGGGUAAUUCUCGCUUCAGAAUCUGUUAUCCUUUUUGAUAAAUAGGGUCACCAAUAUGAUAUGGCACGUAUAACACAUGGUUCAGGAACCGGUAUUCUGAUGCUGCCGGCCACCUAAGUCCGCUGUCCAACUUCUCUACACAGAACUCUAGACUCGGCUCAGCUGCUGCAUUACAAGCCAAUUUUUCUCUCC